UAGUGAUGUUAUGGCGUUAGGCGUAACAAGUAACAAUAAAAUAAAAUAACAUUACAAUGUAAAAACUGUUACUAUUACCGCGAUUAUGGGUGAUUCUAUGGAAAUAGAUGAAAUAGAGUUGGAUGAUAAUGGUUUUGAGAAUGACACAGUUCCUGUAGGAGACGACAAAACAAUUAAACGACGUUCACAAAUAUGGAAAUAUUUUACUCCUUUAAGUCCAGUAAGAGCAAAAUGCAAUCUUUGCCGGAUUAUAUUUUCCUACAAAACAUCGAUUAGUAAUUUGAAAAUUCAUCUCCAAAGAAAACAUCAACAUAUAGCUGUUCCCGGCAUUAAGUAUAAAUUUAUAAAACCAAAACUAGAACCAUCUCAAGUUAUACCGAGAAAAAUACCUAGAGAGUCAAAUUCAAACUUCACCAACAAAAAGUGGGACAUUUUAAACGUUAAAGUGAGAGAGGAAAACUCACAACAAGAAGAGGAGAAUCUUCAUGUGGAGGUUCUAACACCAGCUCCCGUGAAAAAGUUUCAGGAAUCAGUUCAGAGAGACAGUUUCCUAUUUGGAGCCUCAGAUUUUGCAACCAUUGCUGAUAAAUCUUGGUAUGUAGACAAGACCUUAUUCAUUAAAGCAACACUGAGAGAGUGCGAUAGAGUGCUAAUAACUACACCAAGACGAUGUGGAAAAUCAACAAACAUAUUUACUCUGAAAAAGUUUGUAGAAAUAGAGGUGAACAAAAAUGGGGAUCCUAUUAAUUUGCAGGUAGAAAAUGGAACUAGAUUUCUGAGUGAGCAGCAGAUGUCGAGAAAUUUCAGUUUAUUCACAGACAAAAAAAUUUUCACAAUCGGCAAAGAAAAGAGAAAAAUUUUCCAUAAAACUUUUUUUUCUAAACAUUUUGGAAAAUAUCCUGUGAUACAUAUUAAUUUUAGAAAUAUUGUUGGAGAUACUUAUGAAGAAGUUUUGGGAUCACUAAGGACAUCUAUUUAUACUACAUUCAUGGAGCACAAGUAUCUUAUAAGUAGUAGGCUUUGGGAUUGUUAUUACAGCAAAGCCACUUUUGAAAAAUAUAUAGAUUUUGAACAAUAUGAUAAAGUACCAGAGGAGAAGUUAAAAAACUCCUUAAGGUAUCUCACCGAAUUAUUAUGUGUUCAUUUCAACACUGGGAGUAAAGUGUAUGUUUUAAUUGAUGAUCUAGAUGAACCAAUAACAAACAUUAUAUACAACAGUAAUUUUAAUGAUUAUGAUUUUAAGAGAAUUGUACUAUUCAUUAAAACACUCCUAUCCAAUUUAAUGAAAGAUAAUCCAUAUGUUGAGAGAGUUUUGGCUAUGGGCACUCACCAUUACUCCUAUAUGUUAAUCUCCGAAAGCAAUACCAUUCAUAAGCCAUACCUUCACAGUGACAGCCUCUGUAGUUAUUUUGGUUUCACCACCACAGAAGUAGAAAGACUUUUGGGUGAUUUUGACCUUUCAGAUACUUUCAAUGAGGUCAAAGUUUGGUAUAAUAGUUAUGGUAUGAAUUUAACAGAUGGUGAUAUAGUGGAAAUGUAUAAUAAUUGGUCAGUGUUGCAGUACCUGUAUGAAAAGGACCUGAAGAAGUACAUUUCAUUGGGAAAUUUUAACAGAAUAAAAACUGUAUUGACUCGAAAGGCAUAUGCAGAUAAAAUAGAAGUACUUAUGUCACGCAAGAUGAUAACAAUCAAAUAUAAAGAUAGGUUGAAUUUCGAAGAUGUUUUGACUCUGAAAAGAAUUUUCAAUGAACCAAAUUUUGAACUGAAAGAGGAGGAUAUGGAUUUAUUCUUUCAGUUUUUAUAUGAAGCAGGUUUUUUGAACAUGUUAUCCCGGACAGAGGAAUCUAUAGAACUUGGAAUACCAAAUAUAGAAAUCUAUUCUGAUUAUUGUAAAGCUUUUUUUUCGUUCAAUUUCUUUAAAAGAUAUUACAAUGUUACUGAUGGUGCUCUAGAUGCUUUUGUUGAGUCUAUUAAAGCUCUCUCAAAUAUCAGGAAUCAGGAGUCUUUUUUACAGUUGGCUAAUAGUACCAAGAAUUUGUUUCAAAAUACUAAAGUCUUGCCACAAAAUGAUUUUGAAUUGCAAGCUCUCAUUCAUCACUUUCUAAAAAAAUAUUUCCGGAAUCUAAAAGGGGAAGCCUUGACUAUGCCUAAAAGGUACUUGAAGUGUGAUAUUGGUUUGCCUGUUGAUCAUAAAUUGGGUAUUAUCAUUGAAGUAACCACAUAUGAUAGAAGCACAUCUCUGGAUGCCCUUAACCAAAUAACUUCCAAUAAAUUCAAUGAGAUAUUAAAUUUUGAUGGACUAAAUGAUGAAGUUUAUAUGGGUUUACAUCUAGGGGAAGAUAGAAAAAUAACAAUUUCAUAUCUAGUUAAUACUGUGGAUUUGACUUUAGCAGAUACUGUUUGCAGUUCAUGAAAAUAUAUAAUUCAUAUGAUUUUUAUAAAAACAAAACUUAAUUUUUCA